ACAAUUUAUACAUAAAAGCAUGUAAAGCCACACAUAGAGACGGGAUACAUGAUGAGGGAGCUUUACUGAAUUAUUCAUACCUACUAUCACUUCUGGACUUUCACUGGAGUGACAUCAAGUCAUCUGAAUUACACUAUCAGAAUGGCAUAAAAUAUUAAAUAACAUUCAAAUGGAAAACAUAUAGUUUAUUAAAAAUAUGCUGUAAACAUUUUUUGAUAAGGUUUUAUUUUUUAUCCAUAUUAACAAUGCUUUUACAUAACAGAAUUUGUAAUUUUCCCAAUUAUUCCUUAAAUAUAAAUUUAUAUUAAUAAAGCAAUAAAUGGUUGAUAAAUGGAAAAUGUCGGUAUAAGGUCAAGAAUAAACCAAUUUAAUCUGAGCUUUCUGCUUUUUUGUGUCAAACUUUGCCAAAACUCUUUACACAGUUAUUGUCAGGUUUACAAAAAUGUCUCUUUAACAUAAAGUGUUUAUACAUUUAUUUCUCCCGUCGUGUUUAAAUGGUUUUUAAAAAAAGUCAAAUGUAAAAUGCCGUGGAGUGCGGCAGAGAUAAAACUGAGCUGGAAGUAAAAUUCGUCUUUUUAUAUUUCUAGAAAACGCAUUUACACUUCAGAUUUCAUACGAUUUUUAUUCAUCUGUGAAGAAUAACUUGUUAGAAAAAAAAAACGUGUUAGUGUCAUAAAUCUUUUUUGCGAUAAUCCAAAAGGAAUGAGCUUUAAGCAAGGGAACCAGUGUCUUGCUAACUUCCGGUGUUGGCCUACAAAAAUACGUCAUCUUUGCGGCACAUCCUUAAAAGUAGUUUUAUUCUUUAUUUUUUAAAUAGAGAAAGAUUACGACCAAAUUAACCUAUUGUUAAUCUUUUUAAUUAUUAUUAUGGGGAAAUACCAUAUACAUAAACAAAAAAGUGGGCUAAACAAAAUUUUUGUUUACUACUUGGUUGAAAAAUAAUAAUUAUUAUUAUUUAAAUAAUAAAUAACGUAAAGCUUUUACCUUAUGACCGCAUGUCUUUUUCUUUCUCUUUUUUCUUUUCUUUUAUUUUGUUUAUGUUUUGUUCAAUAUAUUUUUCUAUUUUGUAUGCUGCGAUGAUUAUUGUCAUGUUAGUGGCAAUGUAACUGCCAGUUAAAUAAAGGAAAACAAUCUUUAAAAGUAGUUAAAGUAUUGAAGAAGUUAAUUCAUUCUUUUAAAAAAAUAACUGAGUUCAUUUUAUUUUUAGCGCCCAACAGUGAGAACUUCACAGUAAACACUUGUGAUUCUUGCCUCUUGGUGGCGCUGUUGGACAGCAGAGUUAUCUAUAAACACUGACACGUGUUCAUUCUUUAAACCGACUUUACAUCCAAAACACCAAUAAGGAAAUCCCGGUUUGUAACUUACUUUAAAACAUCAAAACUUCAAAUUUAUUCAGAGAACACAUGAAGAUAAAAUGAGUAGCCUCUGGAUGGGCAACCUGGAGCCCUACAUGACUGAAGAGUUUAUAUCCAGAGCUUUUGCUCAAAUGGGAGAAACUGUGCUGAGAGUCAGAAUAAUCCGAGACAAAGUAACAGGAAAACCCGCAGGUUAUGGUUUUGUGGAUCUGGUGGACGAGACGGCGGUAGAGAGAUGCCUUCGCAAAGUGAAUGGAAAAUCUUUACCUGGUGCUACUCCUUCUAAAAGGUUCAAGUUGAGUCGGGCCAAUUACGGGAAGCACGGGGAAAGUCGUUCCACUUUCUCUCUUUUUGUGUCGGAUCUCACAGCAGACGUGGAUGAUGGUAUGCUGUACGAGUUUUUUCAUUAUCAUUUCUCAUCGUGUUGCGGUGGGAAGAUCAUUCGGGACGGCGAUGGCUACUCAAAGUGCUGCGGGUUUGUGAGUUUUGAGAGUGAGAGAGAUCAGAGACGGGCCUUGGCGGACCUCCAGGGCGCUGUUGGACUUGGGAAAAAAACAUUACGCCUCAGUUUGGCUACAAACAAACUGAAGAAAGUGUCUACAGAGAGACAGAAUUGGCAAUUCCAUGCAGAAAACUGCAACAGCCAUAACUUAUAUCUAAACCAGUAUUAUUACCCACAGUACCUCAACCAUUCCUCUACAUAUGACUGGAACCAUGAUAUAAACUACAUCAACUACUCUCAGAACAUCACACAGGAUUAUGAAGAGAUGGAAGAUGAUCACCUAGAGUAUCCAGACUCGGAACUCAAUGUGAUGGAGGCAAAUCAGAGGUUUAUGGAGCAGAGUGAGGAGUUUUACAGCGCUCUGAUUGGAUGCUUUUUUCAGCCUCCUGAGUCAUGGGACGGGGUCACAUGUAGUGUAAUGUGUUAUCUACCAGAGCCAAUUUACCAAUAUGAGGAGAUGGACUGAGAAUAUAUACAUUUGUUUUGAUUUAGUAUUGGUUUAUAUACUGUAGCAAAGAAUGCAUUCUUAAAGUAAACAAAUGUGAAGAUAUAUAAAAUAUAAAGCAUUGAUAUUAGUAGAAUGCAGCAUAUGUAUUGCUAAAUAUCAGUUUAUUAUUAUGUUGCUGUUGCAGUGGAUAUUCAGUUCACAUUAAUUUGUGUUUGUCAGUAUUUUGUGUUCUUUUUAUGGAAAGCAUACAGUAAACAAAAGUUUAUGUUCAAA